GAGGAGCCGCCGGGACUGCAGCAGCCGCCUCGCAAGUCCGGACAGAGUACUCAACUGUGUGGGGUUACUGUAUAAAUCCUAAAAGACUACAGUAAAGUGACAAUGUCUCGGGAACCCACCCCACCUCUACCUGGAGAUAUGUCUGCUGGUCCUAUAGCAGAAAGCUGGUGUUAUACACAGGUUAAAGUAGUAAAAUUUUCCUAUAUGUGGACCAUUAAUAACUUCAGCUUUUGUCGAGAGGAAAUGGGAGAAGUGUUAAAAAGUUCAACAUUUUCAUCUGGCCCAAAUGACAAAAUGAAAUGGUGCCUGAGGGUAAACCCAAAGGGAUUAGAUGAUGAAAGUAAAGACUACUUGUCCUUAUAUUUGCUUUUAGUCAGCUGCCCCAAAAGUGAAGUUCGAGCAAAAUUCAAAUUUUCCCUUCUGAAUGCUAAAAGGGAAGAAACAAAAGCAAUGGAAAGUCAAAGAGCAUAUCGAUUUGUGCAAGGGAAAGAUUGGGGUUUUAAAAAAUUCAUUAGAAGGGAUUUUUUGCUUGAUGAAGCUAAUGGUCUUUUACCAGAUGACAAGCUUACAUUAUUUUGUGAGGUGAGUGUGGUCCAAGAUUCAAUAAAUAUAUCAGGACAUACUAACACAAAUACUUUGAAGGUGCCCGAAUGUCGACUAGCAGAAGAUUUAGCCCGUUCCCCAGUUUUUAAUGCAAUGUUUGAGCAUGAAAUGGAAGAGAGUAAAAAGAAUCGAGUGGAAAUCAAUGAUUUAGACCCUGAGGUUUUUAAAGAAAUGAUGAGAUUCGUGUACACAGGGAAAGCACCAAAUCUUGACAAAAUGGCUGACAACUUGUUGGCAGCUGCAGACAAAUAUGCACUGGAACGGCUGAAAGUCAUGUGUGAAGAAGCUUUAUGCAGUAACCUCUCAGUAGAAAAUGUUGCCGAUACCCUUGUCCUUGCAGAUUUGCACAGUGCAGACCAGUUGAAAGCACAAGCCAUAGACUUUAUUAAUAGGUGCAGUGUACUUCGACAACUUGGGUGUAAAGAUGGGAAAAACUGGAACGGCAACCAAGCAACUGACAUAAUGGAAACAUCAGGGUGGAAGUCCAUGAUUCAGUCUCACCCUCACUUAGUAGCAGAAGCCUUUCGAGCACUAGCAUCUGCUCAGUGUCCACAGUUUGGCAUUCCACGCAAGCGGCUAAAACAGUCCUGAAAUCUUCCGCGAGUCGUAGAAAAAUGGAAUUGACUUUUACUCCUCCAGGUCCAGAAGGAUUCUAAUACACAAACCAUAAGCAAGAGUUGUUUUUGUUAUCUUGUCCACAGAACAGAAGCUGAAAAAGCAUAUCGCAUGCAUUUCAGGUGGAUAAUUUAUGGUUUAUUCUUCAGCUUUAAAUUAGACUGAUUAAUUCACUUCAAGGCCUUAAAUUAUCUUCAAUGACUUCUCUUGUUCAUAUAAUACUUUAAUUUUUUUAUUGUGCCUUGUCAUUUUGACCAAGGCUAUGCAGGAUUGCACUAGCUCCAUAAUGCAGUAAUAUUGAUAACUGAAGAUAUUAAGUUUCAAAAGGAUCUUCCAUUAUUUUGAGAAAAGAAAAAUGAAUUUUACAGGCUUUGUCCUGUGCUAUCUCAAAAUUUAAAAAAAGAUUCUCCUUAAAAGCACUUGUAUUGGAGAUUACCAGUAAUGUCUCUAGUCUUAAGUUCUAUAAAUACAGGAGAACCUGCUUACCUUCAAGGUAAGUUAUGGCAAUACACUGCUUCAAUUCUAAUUUAUUUUUCAUUUCAGGGGGCAAAUAUGCAAUGAAUUGGCCCAAUUUUUAGUAAAAUUUGUGGCGUUUGUCUAUAUGUUAACUGUCCAACAAACUGUGGGCUUAUCCAAGUUUACAAUGAUUGAGAACUGAUUGAGGUUAAGAUUUCAACAACAAGAGUGCAUGUUUUUUGCUGAAGUAAUUCUUUUUUUAAAAAACUUAUAGUGACCUAUGUUUAUAUGAAGAGUUCUGUACAUGUUAAAAGUAAGGAUGACCAAAUGUAAAUUUAAUGAGUGGGCCAAUUUAGAAAAAAUAUAUAUGCACUUUUAAUGUGUAACUUUUGUAUGCUGAGUGGUACAUAUAUUUUUUUGCUUUUGAGGGAAUUAAUAAGGUAUAAUUAAUAGUGUCUUAACUUUUGAAAGAAUUUUUUAAGACAGGUGGAGGCAACUGGGAUGUUUGUGAUAAUGGAUAAGAAAGAUAUUCUUGAUUAUAGUUAAUGAGUCGGCUUGGAUUUCAGAUACUCAUUGAAUUUUUUACUAUUUUGUCACACUUUGGAAGAGCCACCUGAAUAAUAAACCACAGCCUACUCUCCUUCAAAUAAUGAACCAAUAUUAUUUGACUGUGGGAGAUGCAUACUAAAGGAGAGAACUCAUAAACUGUGUCAGGCCACACUAUGAACCUUUUUUUACCCCGUGUUUUCUCUUCUGUGUUUCAGUUAUUGUACUAACAUUGUGGAUGAUACUGAAAUUCUGCAUAAUGUGAACAGGAUAAACUAUUUAUAAACUGCUAUUCAUGGGCCAGUUCUUUAUUAGAAAUGAAUUUUAGCUUUAAACACAUAUACAUGUUCAGUGUUUGAUAGUCAUGUUCCUAAUGGGUAUCUGUUCUGAUGUGUGGUUUAAAAGAAGCAGGAGUGAUCAGUGUCAGGUCACCACAUCUGAUUUAUUGUAAUAGUGGUAAUGUCCUUUUUAGACUAGAUUUACAUUUGACCACAUGGGGAAAAAUGUGUCACUGGAAAAAAAAUACGUAUACUUGUAUGUUUGCAUAUAUAAUUUCAUUCUCCAGAUUAAAAUGUGUAUAAUUUCAUUAUUUAGUUUCUGAAUUCAGGACAGAAGGGGAAAAAAAGCUUGAGAUUUUAAUAUAGGAUUUAUCUUUGCUAUCUCUUUAACUGAAGCAGUCCUAAUAUAUCAGGAGCAAUUCGUAUUUACAUUGAACAAACACUGUCAAAUAAGCAUUUAUUAUCCACAACAAACUGGAGUUUGAAAAGAUUACAUUUUCAGAUAACUUCUUCCAGAAUAAUUUAAAUGAGGUGUCUUGGGUUUUUUUGUAACUUAAAUUUGAAAUUGGCAGAAUCCCUUGGGAUAGAAGAUUAUGACCUGGUAAUGGACUUCGUCUUAUGUGAGUGUAUUAUGGGGAGUAGAAAUUCGCUUCCUUAACAUUAUGAUUUAAUCCUAUUCAAUUUACAGUGUGCAGUUUAAAAAUACAUGUAUGUACACACUUAUAAUUCUAAUUUAAGAUUUUUCCAAGGUUUAUAGGAAAAUAAAAAUUGCCUCAGACUAUAGAAUUAUGUUGUCAUAUAUCUGAAAAAUACUAGUGUAUCCGUUUAUGUCAAAUGCAUACCACACCGGCACAUUGUGAAUUAAUUCACUGCUUGAAUUUACACUUCUAACCACAGUGACUUCAGUAAUAAUACCAUGUAAUGAACAUUUCAGUUUGCCCUUACUCUAGUGUUUAUUGUAAAUCUUAAGGAUUUUAUUAUAAAGUUGUUUGUGUUUUUGUUGUUGUUGUUUUAACUUGGUAGCACAUUUUGUACCAAAAAUGUCAAACACUGUGCUAUAAGAAUAUUCAUGUUUGUAGAAAUGUCCACCUUUCAGAUAAUAUAAUGCCUUCCAUUAUACUAACAGAAUCAUAUGGUAGUUGAUUUAUUUUUUUAUUUAUUAUGUAUAUUUUUGGUAUUGUGGGUUUUUGAGGCAAUGAUAAAAAAACUGUUAAUGUAUUCUGAUGUGAGUGCUUCAGUAGUCUUCCCCUCUCACCCCGCUUCUCCCGCCACCCCCACCCCCAGUUUUAAACCACAUAUAUUGUUUUCAAAACAGGCAUAGAUUCUGUCCAGAGCAGUCUUGGCCUUUUGAGCUAUCAGCCUGUUCCUGUUUCCUUUAUGCCAUCUAAACAGGACUUUUCCUUAGAGAGUAGUGAGUGAUUUUACAUAUUACAUAUUAUAAAAGUAUCUAUUGGAUAAAUGUUCUUUAGACUAAGAUUUAGAAACACUAUAUUUGUGCCUUUUUCAUUUUUUAAUUUUAAUGUGUAUUGGUAUUUGGAGCACAAAUAUGAAGGUGCCAUAAUAUGGCUUGCCAAUGUUACCUCCUUGAAUACUCACGUGUCAUUGUCUUGAAAUAGUAAGUGGAGAAUCUUGCAUGAAAUAUGUGGUCAUUUGUGUGUGUGUAUGUGUGUGUGUGUGUGUGUGUGUGUGUGUGUGUUGUACGUACCUGAAUUCACUUGGGCUUGUGUGUGGUAUGUUUAAAAGAGUGAAUUUCUGAAAAGAACUUAGUUAAAAGUUGACAGUUCAGUUUAGUUGAAAAUUCAUAUUGAAAUAAGCUUUAUUUGGAGGGAUAAUUGGUUGACAAGAAAUUAUAAUUCUUAUAAAUGUAACCAACUUACUACAUGAUGAAAUGUGAAAAUAGUGCCUUUUUAGGACAUCAGUUAUAUAAAUAAGUUUUAAAAUGUUAACAGUGAUCUCUGAAAAAGUUGUCAUGAACAUUACUGAUUUAUUUUUAAACUAGAUCUAAAUAAAAGUUUAAAUUGUCAAAAGUAUAAUGACUACUUUAUACCCACUUAAAAUUUAAGCAGAAUUCUUUAUGAAAUUGUGGAUCAUAGAUACUACACACCAUUACUAAAAAAGAAUAGGAGCUUCAUUCGUAGGUUAAGUGUUGUAAAAAUCCAACUCAACAUGGUUUGUUCAUAGCCAAGUAUACUUGA